CGCCCCCCUGGGUAAGGGAGGGAGAUGUUUGCCCCGCCGGUGGGUUCAAAGGGAGGUUUGGGGAUGGCGUGAGGAGGCUGCGGCUCGUCUGGAGGAGUUUUAAGGAGGGAACAAAGGCCAACGGGGGUGGAAGGGAUAACGCCCCGAGAGGAACGUCGGCAUCGCUAGCAUCUUUCAUCUCCGAUUUAUCUCGUGCAGCCGGGUAACGCAAGAUGGUGUGCGGUGGAAUGUGCCGUGCCUGGGAUGGGGAUCACCACAAAGUGCGAGAGAAGAAUGGAACAGACAAGGGAGCCGGAAUGAUGAAAUCACUGCAGGUGACGUCGCCAAGCUCUUGGGACGAGGAUGUUCCUGCGCCAGAAUUGCCAUACCCUGCUGCAGCACUCCUGGUAGGCAUCUGCGCAUGUGUCUGUUUCGUCAACUCUCUCUCGGGCGACUUCGUAUUUGAUGACUCGGAGGCAAUUGUGAACAACAGCGAUCUCAGAGGGGACACUCCUCUCGCCAACCUGUUCCACAAUGACUUCUGGGGCACCCGGUUAACACAUCCAUCCAGUCACAAAUCAUACAGGCCUCUGACUGUUCUCUCCUUCAGAUUAAACUACUCAUGGGGAGCACUGGACCCCUUCAGUUACCAUGCAGUCAAUGUUGUUGUACAUUGCCUUGUCAGCAUAAUGAGCCUUAGGGUCUUUUAUGUCGUGUUUGGUAACGGUGCUCCACGGGCUGCCAUCUUGUCGGCCAUACUCUUCGCCACUCACCCCAUUCACACUGAGGCGGUUUCUGGCAUCGUGGGUCGCGCUGACCUCCUAUGCGCUCUCUUUGUCUUUGUCUCUCUUCUAAGCUAUGUCCGGGCAGUGAAGGAGAUGUCAGGAACCAUGUCAUACAGAUCUCGGCACACUAUUUUGUAUCUCCUGAUGACAGCAGGAUCAACUGCAACAGCAAUGCUUUGCAAGGAAGUUGGUAUAACAGCUUUGGGUGUCUGCAGUGCCUAUGAUGUCCUAUUGGCUCAUGGUGGCAUCAUUGGUCGCACUAUUAUAUCAGUUAUUGUUGGACAUAAUCAGCGAGCUUUGGCUUUUUGGAGAAAUCUGCCAGCUGGGAUCCUGCGAGGGCUGAUGUGGAGACAUAUACUACUGGCGGUGACUGGCAUAGCAUUGCUGGCAGCCCGCUGGGUUGUCAUGGGGUCAACGGUACCAAGGUUCAUGAAGGUGGAUAACCCUGCCUCCUUCCUGGAUAGUGUCGUCUUCAGGAGUUUGAACUAUCAAUAUACAUACAGCCUGAACGCCCUUCUGCUCGUUCUUCCAAUAUGGCUUUGUUUUGAUUGGUCUAUGGGCUGCGUGCCAGUAAUAGUAAACUUCAGUGACCCGCGAUUGCUGGCCCUCCCCAUCCUGUGGUUCUCCUUUGUCAUGUUGCUGAGGAGGGGAAUGGCCCAGGGCAGAGCCAGCCAGACGUCGAGAUGUGUUCUGAUGGGAUUGGCUCUGGGAAUAGUGCCCUUCUUGCCUGCAUCGAAUCUCUUCUUCCGCGUAGGAUUUGUGAUAGCAGAACGCGUGCUCUAUCUCCCCGCAGCCGGAUUUUGCAUCUUGGUGGUUACAGGCAUGCGGGAGCUCAGUGCUGCCGGGCAUGUUAGUAAGAGGGUGCUCCAAGUCGGCUACGUAUUAUUGGUGGUUGUGUUUGUUCUGAGGUGCCAGCAGAGAAGCCGCGAUUGGUUGACCGAAAAACAGCUCUUCAGCUCUGGACUGGAUGUGUGUCCACUUAAUGCAAAGGUUCAUUACAACAUGGGGAAAGUAGCAGCAGACAAUGGGGAUGUGUUUGAAGCUGUGAGUCGAUACAGAGAGGCCCUUCGGCUGAACCCCGACUAUGACCAAGCCAUGAAUAAUCUAGCCAAUAUUCUAAAGGACCAAGGACAUCUAGACGAGGCAUUACAUCUCCUCCAACAAGCAACGACACUGAGACCAGAUUUUGCCGCAGCUUGGAUGAAUUUGGGGAUCGUUCAGGCAUCACUGGGCGAUCAUUCCUCAGCAGAGACCAGCUAUCUCACUGCACUGACACACAGAUCUGUGUACCCAGACUGCCUGUACAACCUGGGCAAUCUGUACCUUGAGAAGGGUGACCACAGUGCUGCCUUGGCCACCUGGACCAAUGCCACUUCCCUCAAGCCCUCCCUGGCAGUGGCUUGGACCAACAUGCUGAUUCUGCUGGACUCACAGGGCCUCUACCAGUCAGCAAUUGAUGUGGCUGACAAGGCACUCAGGCACCUACCGAGUGAGCCAGCCUUGCACUUCAACCUGGCCAAUACCUUAGGCAAGCUCAGCCGCUAUGAGGAGUCUGAGUCGCACUUUCUGCUAGCCACCAAUCUGGAUCCAGGCAAUGCCAACUACUGGGCCAACCUAGGGGUCCUGUACCACCGAUGGAGAAAGUAUGAGCAGGCUGAGAAGUCCUACCUCCAUGCCCUCAAGCUCAACCCUACCCUGAAGAGUGCACAGGACAACCUCAACAUGCUGCUCAAGGCCACUGGCAAAAUAUAUAGAUAGCACAAGAUAAGGUCAAGUAAAUUCUAGUGAGGCCUUGUGUCCUCAAACUAGUUGGAGAUUUGGGAAGGGAAAGGCAAUGUAGCAUGGAGUCUGAGAGGUGCAUUGUGGUAAGGCCAGGAGUGGGUAUGUUUAGUAUGUUUUCACAAAUUUGAUAAAUGAAGAAUCAUGGACUUGGGUCUUUGCUCUACUGAAGUGUUAUGUGAGGAUGACCAGGAUUUUAUACUUGUGGGAGUAAUUUUGACAUAAACAAGUUUUAUCUUUGGAGAUGUCAAAAAAAUUUCCAUUGUGUGCAUAGUUGCAUUAUCACUAACAGAUAAGACUUGGAAAAGUAGGAGUACCCAGUCAUACCAUAUCAUUCCGUGCAUAGAUAUAUUGAUACCUCAGUGUUAAAAGGGAAAUGUGCUGUCAUUGAUAUAGAGCUAAUUUAGAUAUUGCUUUUACUUAUGCUCACUGUUGAUUUCUUUGAAGCAGUUUCACGCUUAUCACUAGCCCAUAUAAGUUGCAUUGAUUGCUCUGCAACAAAACUGCAGAUCCUUUCUAUAUGUGACUGAAUUAUGUUUGGUCUGGUGCCAUAUUUUCAAGUUUUUAUAUGUAUUUGUAUAUACAUGUAAACCUUAAUAACAGAUUCAUUGUAGUUUAUUUUUAUUUUUUCUUAAUACUGUGUCAUGAAUCUGUGCUAGUGUUCUUAUUAUUACUGUGGUGUUUAAGUCCAAUAAGGCCUGGAGGACUUGAGAUGUGCCAAGACAUUCUGUGUUAAUAUAAAGUUCAAUUAAAAAAGAAAGGCAACUGCUUCUGUAAAGGAGUGCUCAACUAAUAGGUCUGUUGUUUAGAGGAUUAUUGUUUUAAUUCUUGGAAGGGGUGGUAUAAUUUAAGGAGUCAUCUUUCUUUUUACUUUUUGAUGGGCAUUAAACUCUAGGUAGGAGAAUCUUGGCUUUAGAUGUUAAUUACUUAUUUUACAGGGAACAACAGGUGUCAUAUUUAUGUAAUUGUACAUAAAAACCUGUGGUAGAUCUCUAUUGUCGUAAAAUGGUUACCCUGAAGAACCGAGAAAAGUCAGUACUUACAUCUGCAAUAUGUUGAUUCUCAGUGUGAAUUAUGCUCAUUUGCUACAUAGAAAAGACAUACUCCAUUGCCAUGCUUAUUGCCCCCUUGACAUACUCUAUUGUUCAAUGUAAUUUGAUGUGCUCCACCAUCUUGUAGGUGGUGGAUAUGUUUAUUUUUUUCAGUGAUAUAUUAGUAGGAUCCUUUGAAUAAGCAGUGACAAAGUUGAAGUAUGAAAAAAAAACAUUUGGAAUGUGUCAGUGUUUGAUAUAAAAUAAGCUGUUUUUGUAUCAGUGACACCACUGAUAUAUCAGGAGAAUUUUAGCAAAGAUAGAAGUGGAUUUCACAACGGUACCUUUCUUUAGUAAAAGUUUGUAAAACAUGGUUUGCCAUUCAUGCUAACUUUUAAACAUCACUGAAACUAAGGUAUUGGCAGAUUGUGAUAAAAUUGAACAAGGAAUGAAAGACAAUUUUGUCUCAACAUUACGUCACAUAAUUGCAGAGGCAAUUGCAGGAAGUUGCCUAUACAAACACUACUUAAUACUGGGCAGUCAGAAUUUAUGGAAUAUAUAGUGCUUUCUGUUAUCUGAAGAAGCAUGAACAGGGUUUUAUUGCUCUUUCAUUAUUUUAAGAACUGAUAUCUGAUUCUGUUUAUAUAUAUAUAUAUUUUUUUUCUUUCAAUUAGUUUGCAUUACUGAAAGGGAAGCUUGGGUUGUUUCAGCAAUCUUUAUCAUAUGCUUAUAAUAAUUAUUGUCUUUUCAUACACAAACAAGAAGCCUUGGUUGAACACCCUCAUUUAUGGUAGCAGCUUAUCUGAAUGCUGUAGCUAAUGCACAGGUGACAAGGGUAAUGGCAACUGUUUUGUGCAGCUCUUUGAAUGCAGUAAUUAGAUGUUAUUUGUGAACUUAAAGCUAAUUUAGGAACUUCAUCAGUUAAAAUUUGAUUAUUAUCAAAGUGAUAAACCCAGUGUUAGGAAAUAUUGUAAAGUGUAAUAGGAGUUUAGAUAUGAAAAUUAAAACACGGAGGUGUUUCAGAAACUAUGAAUUACUGAAAUGUAUUAUUGAAUACAUUGAAUUGUAGCCAUCCAUAAUUCUGCUGCUCAAAAAGCUGUAGCUUAGCAAAGGUUAAGGAUAUAUGUAUGUAUGUAUAUCUAUCUAUCUA